AUGGCUACCCCCAGUGUCCUUACUUUUGAUGCUGAGGGCCGUGCCGUUGACUUUGAGGUCUGGGUCGAUGACCUCCAGUUGUUUCUCCAGUGCGAUAGGGCAGAUGGACUCUCUCUGUUCGAUCUCACCUCUGGUGUCUCUCCUGCCCCGACUGCCACUGCUGACAGCACUGUUCGCUCACAGUGGGCCACACGCGAUGCUGCUUCUCGCCUUGCUGUGCGUCGCCACUUACCAACCACUGAGCGUGCACACUUUAGCCAGUACAAGAGUGCUCAGACCUUGGGUGUUCCCCCUCCCCCCUCUUGCCCUCUGUUGCUUCUGCUGCUGCGGCCGACCUCGUUGGUUUCUACGGGGUCGGCGCUGCGUCUGCCCGUAGCGGGAGACGCCGCACCGGCAAGGGCAAGGGGGCCAAGGGCACUGGAGGGGCUGGCGGGGGCGGUGGAGGUGGUGGUGGAGGCAGUGGAGGGGGUGGGGGUCGUGGUGGGAGUGGUGGCGGGGGUGGCGGCGGCAGCGGCAGCAGUGGAGGCGGAGGAGGCGGCGGUGGUGGCGGAGGGAGCGGAGGCGGCGGAGGUGGCGGAGGAGGCGGAGGUGGAGGAGGCGGCGGAGGCGGCGGCGGCAGCAGUGGACCUGGUCAAGGCUCAGCGCAGAGGAGUGGCUUCGGUGGUGCGCGGUGGGGUUACGGGUCCCUGCACCUACGUUCUCCGCACCGGCGACCGCGCUGGUGAGCAGUGCGGGGGCUCGCACUCCACCCAGCGCUGCUUUGGCCGCCUGACGGACGCGUGGCGUCACCAGUUCCUUGGGGCCUCUGAGAUCCCUCGCUGGGGAGAGCUGUCUAGGGCGGGGGUUGCUAUCUUUGAUCUUGAUUUUGAUGCUAUUCUUGCUGCCAUGUAUGCUGUUGAUGAUAGUGUUGCGGGUGCCAGUGCGUCUGCUGCCCCAGGUGCUGGUGAGUCUGCACUCUCAGGUACUACGUCGGCUCAGGCCUUACACACCUUCACCCUUGACUCGGGUGCGUCCCGCUCCUUCUUUCGAGACUGCACCACUCUUACGCCGCUCAGUCGGCCGGUUGCAGUCUCCCUGGCGGACCCCUCUGGGGGUCCUGUCCUUGCUAGCUUCUCCACUGUCUUACCGUGCCCGGCAGCCCCCUCUGGCACCCUACUCUCCUUUGGCACCACCGCCUUGGUCACCCCUCCCUGCCUCGUCUCCGAGGCAUGGACUCCUGUGUCCUUUUCUCUGGUCUCCCUCGGUCUCUCCCUCCCCUACCUCUGGGGCCUGGCCCUACCUGCUGGGCAGGGGCGCGAGCGGUACUUCCUGCUGGUGGUUGACGACUACUCGCGUUACACCACAGUCUUCCCCUUGCGUAGCAAGGGUGAUGUCACUGAGGUGUUGAUCGAUUGGAUCCACGAAGCUCAUCUCCACCUCACGGAGAGUUUCGGCUCGGACUUUCCUGUUCUGCGUCUGCACACGGACAGAGGCGGGGAGCUUUCCUCUACCCGUCUGGGAGCUUUCUGUCGUGCGCAGGGCAUCCGCCAGACCUUCACGCUUCCGGCCUCUCCACAGCAAAAUGGGAUUGUUGAGCGCCGCAUUGGCAUGGUCAUGGACGUCGCUCGUACGUCCAUGAUGCAUGCGGCUGCCCCCCAUUUUCUGUGGCCGUUUGCGGUUCAGCACACCGCGCAUCAGCUCAACCUUCAGCCCCGGAUCUCCUUGCGAGAGACCUCCCCCGCCUUGCGGUGGACCGGGAAGGUUGGCGAUGUGUCUGCGUUUCGGGUCUGGGGAUCUCGGGCGUUUGUCCGCGACUUGUCUGCGGACAAGCUGUCCCCCCGUGCUGUUCCCUGCGUCUUCCUUGGCUUCCCCCCUGACGCGCCUGGGUGGCAGUUUUACCACCCCACCUCGCGCCGUGUUCUGUCCUCCCAGGACGUCACCUUUGACGAGUCGGUAGACGCAGUCGAGCCUAUCGAGGUAGCUGUUGACUCUGGUGCUGCUAAAGGUGCUGAGCCUGCGGGUGCCGGGUCUGGGGGUGCUACCACUGGGGGUGCUGAGUCUGGGGGUGCUGAGUCUGGGGGUGCUGAGCCUGGGGGUGCUGGGUCUGGGGGUGCGGACCCUGGGGGUGCAGAGCCUUGGGGCAUUGGGUCUGCUCGUGUGGCCGCUGGCGCUGGAAGUGCUCCUGUUGCUGCUGGUCCCGGAGGUGCUCGUAGUGGCGGUCCUAGAGCUGCUGGGGCCACUGGAGUUGGUCCUGCUGGAGUUGCUGGCGGUGCUGGUGCUGCAGGAGCUGGAGCUGCUGGGGGUGUUGGCGCUUGUGUGUUUACUUGCGCUGGUGCGUCUGGGGGUGCUUCUGAGGCUGCUGGAGGUGGAGCUGCUGGAGCUGGAGCUGCUGGGGGUGUUGGCGCUGGCGGUACUGCUGGCGCUAGUGCUUCUGAGGGUGCUGGAGCUGGCGCUGUUGGAGCUGGAGGUGCUGCUGGUGCUGGUGCUGUUGCUGAGGGUACUGGUGCUGUCCUUGCUGGUUCUGAAGGUGCUGCGCGGCCGAGGCCGUACUUCGUUCCGCUCCUGAAGCAGGUUCUUGGUCUCCCGCCCUCUACUGGUCCUGCUCCUCCCUUAGAGUGUCCACAGCCUGUCCAGUCCCAGUCACAGUUACAGCCCGCCUCCCCUCUACCUGCUCCUUCUCCCUACACUGGUCCUACUGGAGGUUUUGCUGAGCGUCGUGAGCCUGCGUCUUGUCCUGCGUCGUCUGUUCCUGCUGCUCGCACUAGUCGUCGUACUGCGCGUCCGCGUCCUCCUGCGGUCCCCGGCACACACCAGAUGGCGCUGCGUCCUUCCACUGCUCCUCUGCGUGUCCCGUUACCGUCUCCUCCAGAGUCCUCUCUUCCUAGUCUUACUGACCCGGAGUCUGACUCUCUUCGUGCUGCUAGUACUUCUGUGACGUGUCUUCUGGAUACUGUUGUCACUGACCCUUCCUUUGAGUCCACUGCUGCGUCUGCCCUUGUUGCUAAGCUUGUCAACUUCGCUGCUCGCUGUCGUCUAGACUACGCUGCUAGUCUCGUUGGUGAGUCUGAGUCUGUCUGUCCUCCGUCCGUCGGGGGUGAGUGUGCUCUUAGCACGGACGUCCUUGAGGACAGGCAGGAACAGUUCCAGUGCUUUGGGGCUGCUUUGCCCCAUCUCGUGUCCACGAUGAUUGCCCCUGAGGGAGACCCGGAUGCACCAGACAUCCCGACUCCUCGAUCGUACGCUGAGGUGAUCGAGGGUCCCUACUCCUCUCAGUGGCAGUCGGCCAUGGACGCAGAGAUGGCUUCCUGGAAGUCCAUAGGCACCUACGUUGACGAGGUUCCCCCACCUGGGGCGAACAUUGUCAGUGGCAUGUGGAUCUUCAGGGUGAAGCGGCCGUCGGGUUCUCCGCCUGUCUUCAAGGCGCGUUACGUGGCUCGAGGCUUCAGUCAGCGGCAGGGAGUUGACUACUUUCAGACCUUCUUUCCCACCCCAAAGAUGACCACUCUUUGGGUGCUGCUGCACAUAGCCGCUCAGCGCGACUAUGAGCUUCACUCUCUUGACUUCAGCACAGCUUUCCUGCAGGGCAGCCUGCACGAGGAGAUCUGGCUGCGCCGCCCACCUGGCUUCACUGGGUCGUUUCCUCCUGGUACCCAGUGGAGCCUCCAGCGGCAAGUCUACGGUCUCUGCCAGGCGCCCCGUGAGUGGCACGACACACUGAGGACUACACUUGCGGCUCUUGGGUUUGCUCCUUCUAUAGCCGACCCGUCGCUGUUUCUGCGCACCGACACCUCUUUGCCGCCGUUCUACAUCCUCGUGUACGUCGACGACUUGGUCUUUGCCACUGCUGACACUGCUGGACUCGCCCACGUGAAGUCCGAGCCGCAGAAGAGACACACGUGCACAGACCUGGGUGAACUGCGCAGCUACCUUGGCUUGCAGAUCACCCGGGACAGAGCACAGCGCACCAUUACCCUGACUCAGUCACACAUGGUGCAGCAGGUCCUUCGGCGCUUCGGCUUCAUGUACUCCUCGCCUCAGGCCACUCCUCUGUCUACACGCCACUCGCUCUCAGCUCUGCCUUCGGAUGAGUCCGUAGAGCCGAGUGGCCUGUACCUAGAGCUUGUUGGCUGCCUCAUGUACCUGAUGACCUGCACACGACCUGACCUUGCAUACCCUCUUAGCAUCUUGGCACGCUAUGUUGCUCCAGGGAGACACCGACCAGAGCACAUGGCUGCAGCGAAGAGGGUGUUGCGCUACGUGUGCAGUACGUCGGGCAUGGGGCUAGUGCUUGGAGGGCGGCGUCAAGUGGUCCUCAGAGGUCACGCAGACGCUUCUUGGGCUGACGACCAGGCUCUGCAACGGUCGUCACAGGGUUACACCUUCAGCCUUGGCUCCGGCUCUGUUUCGUGGCGGUCUACCCGCUCGUCUUCUGUUCUCAGCUCCAGCUGUGAGGCUGAGAUCUACGCAAGGGCCAUGGCUUCACAGGAGCUAUGCUGGCUCACCUACCUGCUGAUUGACCUAGGAGAGCCGCCUCGUUCUCCUCCAAAUCUGUACGUAGACAACAAGGCCAUGCUGGCCUUGUGUCGGGAGCACAGAGUGGAGCACAGAACGAAGCACAUUGCUCUCCGCUACUUCCUGGCUCGUGAGCUGCAGCAGCGUGGUCAGCUCUGCCUCACCUAUGUGGCCUCUGAGGCCAACACUGCUGAUAUCUUCACCAAGGCCCUUCCGCCUUGUGAUGAUCAGCGCUUCUGUACUGUGCUAGGUCUUGUGCCUACUUUGCCUCACUUGCUCACUUCUUGA